CGCAGGGUCCCUCCGUCUCCCCUGGAGCCGGGAGAAUUCAAACCAGGAGCCCCCUGUCCCCCGUCCCCAAUCUCCCCCACAGCCCAGGGGGCCGGGGGCUGCCCCCGCGCCUCGCGCCAGGGUCCCGGCCCCCGGGAGGCCAGCGGUCGGUGGCCGCAGCUCAGACACCUGUUCGCGCUCCCCUCCGUUCCUUCCGGGUACGCGGGCACCUGGGCUGACGUUGGCUUUCCUCCGCGUUCUCUCAACUUUCCUGCCGUAUCUCCCGCCCUUCCGGGGGUCCUCUGAGAAAUCCGGACCCGGGGUAGUGCCCUGCGCAGGGCUGCGCCACGGGACCUUGGCAAGACGUUGGUGGAGAGGGAGUCCCCGCGUGAGCCAGAGGGAGGAGGCCAGGGAGGGACCACUUUCGUUUUCUAAGACACCUGCAGUUCCAGGCGCGCGGCCAGGCUCGCUUCUUGGCGGGGCGAGCCUCGCGGCAGGACGCGGACAGAGUGGCCGAGGGGGUUCAUGGUGAAGCUGUUUUUGUAAGGCAACCUCACUGUUUUUACUUACACCAUGUAUAUUUUUUGAAAUCAGUAAAUCUACCAAACUUUUCUAGAAAUGCUUUCUUCACGUCUCACAGGAGAGUGGGGAACCAUCCAUUGUCUGUUGAAAAAGCUUUGAUUUUUUUUUUUUUUUUUCUAGUUUGGGAUGACUUGGGGAAGCCAGUGGCCAUUUGGAGUCGGCCACUGAGGCGCCUCGUUGGACAGGUUCCCGGGGCUUUAAGACCCUGGCGACUGGGGAGGGUCUGCUUCGCCUGCGGAGAACUCGCUAGGGCAGGUGCACUGAAAGGGGGCUGCCUCCCCCGGGACCCCUGGCGGCCUUGGCUCCCUUGGACAGCGCUGCGCAGGGCGGCUUCCCCCCUCCCAAGUUCCAGGCGGAGGCCAGCUACCUGCCCCGACCUGUCUCCUCCCUCUCCAACACCACACCCACGGGACUCCAGUCUCCCGGGGAGAGGGACGGAGCGGGAACAAAGGGGUCUUUGUUCCCUGCCUCCUAGGGGGUGGGAGUCGCGCUCGCUCGCGUUUCCCGGCGCCCCUUGGGGACCCAGAGGCUCCGCGCCGCCGAGCCUCGCCUGGCUCGAGGCGCUGUCCUCCACGACCCCAGAGCCUCAGGUCAGGGCGCGGUGCCCACGGCCACCGCGGGCGAGGGAGGGGACGAGGCAGCGCGUGGCGGCGCCUGGCGGGCACUGUCGCCAGCCGAGGGGCGGUGGGGGGUUCGGCAGCCGGCGGAGGUGGAGGGGGCGGGAGCCGGAGCUGGCUCUGGCGGAGCCCGGAGGUGCGGGGCGGGCUCGGAGCGCGCUCGCAGGGCUGCUCCCGCCACCGCGGCGGCUGCCACGCGCCCCUCUCCUUUCCCCUCUGCGCCCCGGUGUACCGCGCCGGGCCCCCUCCCCUGCCGUCCACACGUUCCUCUUCUCCCUCCUCGGCACUUUCCCUGCUUCCUUCUGGACAAACUUUGAUGGGGAAUUUCACACCACGCUGGAAAAAUGCCGGUCAUGAAAGGAUUGCUGGCGCCCCAGAACACCUUCCUCGACACCAUCGCCACCCGUUUUGACGGAACACAUAGCAACUUCAUCCUUGCCAAUGCUCAGGUGGCUAAAGGUUUCCCCAUUGUCUACUGUUCUGAUGGCUUCUGUGAGCUUGCUGGAUUUGCCCGAACUGAAGUCAUGCAGAAGAGUUGCAGCUGCAAGUUCUUAUUUGGAGUUGAAACCAAUGAACAACUGAUGCUUCAAAUAGAAAAGUCACUGGAGGAAAAAUCAGAAUUCAAAGGAGAAAUUAUAUUCUAUAAGAAGAACGGGUCUCCAUUUUGGUGUCUAUUGGAUAUUGUUCCUAUAAAGAACGAGAAAGGAGAUGUGGUUCUUUUCCUGGCCUCAUUCAAGGAUAUAACAGAUACAAAAGUGAAGAUCACUCCAGAAGAAAAAAAAGAAGACAAAGCCAAAGGAAGAUCAAGAGCAGGGACCCACUUUGACUCAGCCCGGAGACGGAGUCGAGCUGUCCUUUAUCACAUCUCUGGACACCUGCAAAGAAGAGAAAAGAACAAAUUGAAAAUAAAUAAUAAUGUAUUUGUAGAUAAACCAGCAUUUCCGGAGUACAAAGUUUCUGAUGCAAAGAAGUCCAAAUUCAUACUUCUGCAUUUUAGCACUUUUAAAGCUGGCUGGGACUGGCUUAUUCUGUUGGCAACGUUCUAUGUUGCUGUGACUGUACCUUACAACGUUUGCUUUAUUGGCAAUGAUGACCUGUCCACCACCCGGAGCACGACUGUCAGUGACAUUGCAGUGGAGAUUCUGUUCAUUAUAGAUAUUAUUUUAAAUUUCCGAACAACUUACGUCAGCAAAUCUGGCCAAGUGAUCUUUGAAGCAAGAUCAAUUUGCAUCCACUAUGUCACAACUUGGUUCAUCAUCGAUUUAAUCGCCGCCCUGCCUUUCGAUCUCCUAUAUGCUUUCAACGUCACAGUGGUGUCUCUCGUGCAUCUCCUAAAGACUGUGCGGCUGCUACGCCUUCUGCGUCUCCUGCAGAAACUGGACCGUUAUUCCCAACACAGCACUGUCGUCUUGACUCUGCUCAUGUCUGUGUUUGCGCUGCUUGCACACUGGAUGGCGUGCAUCUGGUAUGUCAUUGGGAAAAUGGAGCGGGAAGACAACAGCCUUCUCAAGUGGGAAGUUGGUUGGCUCCAUGAGUUGGGAAAGAGACUGGAAUCCCCCUACUAUGGCAACAACACCUUGGGGGGCCCCUCAAUCCGCAGUGCCUACAUCGCUGCGCUGUACUUCACCCUCAGCAGCCUCACCAGUGUUGGGUUUGGCAACGUGUCUGCUAACACAGACGCAGAGAAGAUCUUCUCCAUCUGUACCAUGCUGAUUGGUGCCCUGAUGCAUGCCCUGGUGUUCGGUAAUGUCACGGCGAUCAUUCAGAGGAUGUAUUCCAGGUGGUCUCUCUAUCACACCAGAACUAAGGAUCUGAAGGACUUCAUCCGUGUCCAUCACUUGCCCCAGCAGCUCAAGCAGAGGAUGCUUGAGUAUUUCCAAACCACCUGGUCAGUCAACAAUGGCAUAGAUUCAAAUGAGCUUUUGAAAGAUUUUCCAGAUGAGCUACGUUCUGACAUCACCAUGCACUUGAACAAGGAGAUCCUACAGUUGUCCCUUUUUGAGUGUGCCAGCCGGGGCUGCCUCAGGUCUCUGUCUCUGCACAUCAAAACCUCCUUCUGUGCACCAGGGGAAUAUCUACUACGCCAAGGGGAUGCCUUGCAGGCCAUCUACUUUGUAUGUUCAGGCUCCAUGGAAGUCCUCAAAGACAGCAUGGUGCUGGCAAUUCUUGGGAAAGGGGACUUAAUUGGAGCCAAUUUAUCAAUUAAGGACCAAGUGAUCAAGACCAAUGCAGAUGUAAAGGCUUUAACCUACUGUGAUCUGCAGUGCAUCAUCCUCAAAGGACUCUUUGAAGUGCUCGACCUUUACCCAGAAUAUGCUCACAAAUUUGUGGAAGACAUCCAGCACGACCUCACGUACAACCUCCGGGAAGGUCAUGAGAGUGAUGUGAUAACAAGAUUAUCGAACAAAUCUACAGUCCCACAGUCAGAGCCCAAGGGAAAUGGUAGCAUCAAGAAGAGACUCCCAUCCAUUGUAGAAGAUGAGGAGGAGGAAGAGGACGGGGAGGAAGAAGAGACAGCGUCCCUCUCUCCCAUCUAUACAAGGGGAUCCUCCUCUUCUCGCAGCAAGAAGAUUGGGAGCAACAAAAGUUACCUAGGACUAAGCUUAAAGCAGCUGGCCUCAGGAACAGUGCCAUUUCACUCACCUAUCAGAGUCUCCAGUUCAAAUUCCCCCAAAGCCAAGCAAGAGACUGAUCCUCCUAAUCAUGGUAAAAGAAAAGAGAAGAACUUGAAAUUGCAGCUUUCAACCCUGAAUAGUGUUGGGCCCCCAGACCUCAGUCCAAGAAUUGUUGAUGGGAUUGAAGAUGGAAACAGCAGUGAAGAAAGUCAGACUUUUGACUUUGGCUCUGAACGUAUCAAACCAGAGCUCAGAAUUUCUCCUCCAAUUGGAGACCCAGAGAUUGGAGCUGCUGUUCUCUUCAUCAAAGCAGAGGAGACCAAGCAGCAAAUAAACAAACUCAACAGUGAGGUAACGACACUGACUCAGGAAGUCUCCCAGCUAGGUAAAGAUAUGAAGAGUGUGAUGCAGCUUCUGGAAAAUGUUCUGUCACCUCAGCAACCCUCCCAACUUUGCUCUCUACAUACCACCGCUGUGUGUCCCUCCAGGGAGAGCUUGCAGACAAGAAUGAGUUGGAGCACACACCAGCCUUGCCUGCAUUUGCAAACGGCUGGGGCUGCUUAUACCCAAGCACAACUGUGUGGCAGUAAUGUCACCUCAGACAUUUGGGGUGUGGAUCCUUCUUCUUUGGGGAGCAGCCCCCAAAGAACUGGAGCUCGUGAGCAACACCCUGCAGACAGUGAACUUUGUCAUUCUCCAAAUAUUGAUUAUUCACCUUCCCACUACCAAGUUGUCCAAGAAGGUCAUUUGCAAUUUUUAAGGUGCAUCUCUCCACAUUCAGAUACUACACUGACACCUCUGCAGUCCAUUUCGGCGACCCUCUCAUCCUCUGUCUGUUCCUCCUCAGAGACAUCUUUGCACCUGGUUCUCCCAAGCAGAUCAGAGGAAGGUAGCUUCAUUCAGGGAGCUGUGAGUUCACUCAGUCUGGAAAACUUGCCAGGAUCUUGGGACCGAGAAAGAAUGGCAUCAGUCUCUACCAAACCCUUGGAGAACUUUCCCCUGGAAGUCGUUACAAGCACAGCAGAAACGAAAGAUAAUAAAGCCAUAAAUGUAUGAUAGCAGCACACAUGAUGACACAGCUGCCAAUUUCAAACGCACCACUGCAUGACAGCUUUAGUUUGCCUUUUUUUUCUUGCCUCUGAUAGGCAUUGAAGACUGAGUCAAGUUGGGAACUCUGCAGAAGAGUGCAUAAGGGGCCAGGGAAAGGCACAACCACCCCCAUACUGUAGCAAACAAUUUGUAGAUCCUAGAAGCAUAAUAGAAGCAUAUUUAUGUACACAUAUUAACUUACUGGUCUGUUUGACAGACUCUGGUAAAGUUCCAAAGACCUUGAGGGUCUGAGCAGCUAGAAGUCCCGGACAAUUUGUGCAUUCGUUUUGUCCUAGGUGGCUUUUGUGAAUUGCAACAAAGGUUUUUCUUGAGUGCCGGCUUGUCAUUCUUGAACAAUAUCCACAGCACUGUUGGCCUCAGGAGUGCGCAGCGCCUGCAGAUCUGUUUUUCUUUUGAAGAAGGCAAAGGGACAAUUAUCACGGCAUGUCAUCUCUCAGACAAUCAGUCCAAUAGCGCUGGUGACCAGUGGUUAGCUAUUCGCACGUUAUUUGCCAUGUAAAUGAAAAUGUCUUUAUUUAUCAAAAAAAGAGAGGCUAUUUUUAUAUCCUUGGUAUGAAAUAUGUAUUUAAAAUAUUUAAAAUAUUUAUAAAGAAAUGAAUGUUUUCUUUUCAUUUUGGAAAAAAAGCUUGCUGUUUUAACAAGAAAUGCACUAUUGCUAUGUAUAUAGUAGAUCAAAGAUUAUUUAUUAUUAAGAGGAUGUAGUUUCAAAAGGAACCCCUCUUUUAUCUGCAUGCAGUUUGCAACUAAUGUAUCCUCAUCCUUCUGGAAUACAAAAGAAAACUUAGUCAUAUUUCAUUAAUGAAAUAAAAACAUGGCUACGGGCCAACUACUUGAGAUUUGGCAUGGUGGUAAAGAGGGUUCCUGCUAGUCCCUGCUGACUCACAACAACCACCUGAAUUAAUGUUGCCACCAGUGUGCCAGCAGAAGUGUCUUUCCUCUGAUUUUCACAUCUUGUUGCUUAAGCUGUGGACUGUAAGAUCACACCUCCAUUGAGCCACUUUGAGCACAAAACUUGGGUGUAUCUUUCCCCAGUGCUUUGUUUUUAGGAGAGACUAUGACCAGCAAGCAUUCCCAAAUGGAGCCAAGACUUCGAGCUGCGAUGCUAGCAGCAGGUUUAUUAGCUCACCGUGGAUCAGAACUCUACCCUUUUUCUUCAGUGUUGCCCUCCACACUGGAAGCUAUGCAAUGCAGUUGCUUUCAUUCAUGUUUGACGAAAAAAAUUCCCAGAGAUCACACAGCUAGGAGGCCAGCACAGUAUGGAAUCCACAGGGCUCCCCAUAUCUCACACUCAUAUGCCAAUUCAGAAGCUGGCCUUGGGAACAAUUUUUUAAUGUGUUUUUUUAUUUGAAAGGUAGAAUUACAGAGGGAGACAGAGGGUAAGACAGAGAGGGAGAUCUUUCAUAUGCUGGCUCACUCCCUAAAAGGAUACAACAGCUAGGGCUGGGUGGGACCAAAGCCUGGAGCUUCUUCUGGGUCUCCCAGGUGGGUGCAGGGGCCCAAACACUGGGGUCAACUUCCGCUGCUUUCCCAAGCACAUUAGCAGGGAGUUGGAUUGGAAGUGGAACAGCCAGAAAUUGAACUGGGGUCCAUACAGAAUGCCGGUGCUGCUGGCGUUGGCUUAACCUGCUACACCACAGCACCAGCCCCUUGGAAAUGGCUUAAACAUCUUCAUUUGAAUUUUGAUUUUAUAUUUGAGAAUAUUUAGAGCCCAAUUGUUCUAGACUUUCCUACAGAACCUACUGAGUUCACAUUCUGAAGUCCUCCUGUGUUUAUUUCCCACCACAAAGAAUAAGCAUCGUAUCACUAAAAACAUAAAAAAAAAAAAAAAACUUU